AGAGUUUAAAAACUUGGGCUCUAAUUGGGGUUUAAUUAUAGUGUAGUUUCGAGCGAGUCACCUAGUAAGCAGAUUACUCAAAGCCUGAUAUUUCCCUCACUGCUCUGUCAUGGAAGCUCCGGUGGGGUGGUAGCCUAGCUACAUAUAGAAGAGCCUUUUAUCGGCUAGGGACAUGAUCGCUUCGGGAAGUAGAUGGAGAGUGGGAAUGGGUACAAACAUCAACAUAUGGGAAGAUAAAUGGAUCCCAGACUAUCCCACAAACAAGCCAAACCAAACCUCUGAUUGGCAAAGAAGUGUGGAAAAAGUCUUUUAUUUGAUUGAUCAUGAGCAGAGAUGUUGGAGGAGGGAUCUGCUAGAGGUUCUAUUCGCCCAACAGAACAAGCAGCCAUCAUGGUCAUCCCUAUUCCCAUCCAUCUAGUUCCUGAUGCCAUAUGUUGGAUGCACACAAAGAAUGAAAAAUAUAUCGUCAAGAUAAGCUAUCGUAGAGCUCUAGAAAUGGAUACGCAGGAGGAGAGUCAAACAAACUACGAGGAAGAUGAGGAUGAAUAAUAUGGGGGAAUCAGCUCUGAUACAUUGAACAAAUUGUGGAAAGUUCAAGCUCUACCAAAGGUUCACUACUUUCUCUGGAAGCUAAUGCACAACACCCUCCCAACAGCUGCAAAUGUGGAGAAGAAGCUCAAAGAAAAAGUUAAGCCAGACUGUCCUUACUCUGGUCAGAAAGAGACUCGCGUCCAUUGCUUUCUUCUCUGCCAAUAGUGACUCCUUAUAUGGCAUAGAAGUGGCUGGGCCGAUAAAAUCCCGGUGAUAGAUGAUUGUCGGAUGGAUGUUUGGCUGAGGAAACUUCUGACAGAGGAAUAGGAUGAGAAUAUGAGUAGAAUUGAAGCUUUGUUAUGCUAUUUAUGGAUUGAAUGGAAUAAUCAUCAACAUAACGGCCCAAAACUUGAAGAGGAGGAGGUGUUCUGGAAGUUCUAAUUAUUCAUCCAAUCUUACAAAGAUGCCCAACAGAGUAGUGCAACAUCAGGUGGAAGUCGAGCCCAGCAAGAGGGGAAAUGGGAUCCCCCACCCAUCAGCUAUUUAAAGGUAAACGCUAAUGCAGGUUGCCUUAGAGACCUGGGAAUUGGGUUGGGGUUGGUUGCGAGAAAUUGGGAAGGAAACAUCACCCUGGCAGCACUCAAAAGAGUGGCAAUAAAAUGGUCUCCUGAAGCGCAGAGGUGAAUGCAAUAUUGUUUGCCAUUGAGAAAAUGAAAGAAGCUCAAUUGGGAUCCUAUAUUCUGGAAUCAGAUUGCUUGAACCAUAUAAAUAAACUGAAUGGUGAUGAGCAUUUUUAAGAGACUGGUAUCCUCUGUGAGAACAUAAAGCAAGCAACAUAUGAAGGCGAUUGUCGCGAAUGGAGGUUUAUUCCCCGUUUAGCAAAUAUGGUGGCCCAUAAUGUUGCUCAUAGCCCGAUCAGUGUGAAUGAUUGUAUUAGUUGGGUAGGUGAUGUACCCCGUGUUAUUUUGCAGACGGUUUUAGCUGAUAAGAGCCAUUUGGCUUAUGAAUAAAGGCAAUAGAGGUAGUAAACCUCUUUCUCUAAAAAAAACUCAUGGCCGCGGAUACUCGACCUCCUCCGACCCAGUCAAUGCGGGGAAUCCCCGCUUUGACUGGGUAUAGGGAGGGUAUGGAUAAACCCCGCAAAAGGUCCACCUCCGACCAAUCAACGCGGGAAAUCUCCGCUUUGACUAGGUAUGGGCUGGUGUGGAUAAAACCCGCAAAAAGGUUGAUGGGUAUGGGCGAGUAUGGUUUUGGACUCCCCGCCCCAUACCCAUACCCAAGCCCUCCCCACCAAGGAUAUUAUGUUAUAUGCAUAAAAUAUAAGGAGUUUAUGGUAACUUGUCAAUGGAAUGAAGGGUAAUUAAAAGAAAAAACAAAGUGUUAAAAUGUAAUUGAUGGCAACCAAACCCUAAUUUCAUCCUCUUAUGACACGACACGUCCCGUCUCUUUUCAAAAACCAAACCAUAACUCAAACCAAAAAACAGUUACUCGAUAGCAACCCAAACCACAUUUUAAAAUAAACAAACCGACAUCAUUUAAGAAUUUUUAACGAAAAUCCCCAACACUUGGGCAAAAAUUCUCAAUCUCAAACACUUAAAACGACUUAACACAGAAUCUCCAGUUUAUACUAAUAACCAUGAAACAAAAUAAUUAACUAAUCUAACUUGACUCCUCACGAGCUUUCUGAUAUCCCGACGACGUUGGUACUGCUGCUCGCCUCGCCCUGCUUCUUCUCAUGAUCCACUUCUGCUAGACUAUCCUCAACCUGGUGAGUGAGAAGGGGUCAGUCUCGUCGUUACUUCCUAAGGUCUUUGCCCUAGGCAAACUCCUUACUAAACACAUUAUUAGGGGAAUUCCUUCCUAGCAUGAAAGUCGUUCUCGCUUUCUGCUCUUAAUUAACCAUUCCUAUCAAC